AAUUCUUAAAUCAGCACUAAACACAACAAAAAACCACGAACUCAAACCCCCCUUUCCCUUUCUUCAAUUUCUCCCUUCAAUCGCCAACCCACUUCGCUUCAACCUCCAUUUAAAAGCCAAUUUGAAAAAAAGGAAUUUCAUUGAUGGGUGAUGGUCCUAGAACUAUAGAGAUCAUACCAGAUUAUUUUGAGGCUUCAGCUUCCGCUUCUGCAGAUUCUCCCCUACCCAGAAGUUCAGAUACCUCAAUAUCUGGUGAAGAUUCUCCUCAUACAUCAACAUCUGGCACAACAUCUCAUUUAGAUAGAAAUUCAUUUUUCUCAAAUACAAGUGCCAACGGUGCCUCCAGCAUAGUUCAGAAUCGUUCAUUUUCUAGGAACAAGUUGAAAACUGCUUCAUUCAUGUUGAGGCUAUUUAGUUUGAAGGGACUACGAAAUAUCACUGGUCUUAAUGGUGAAGAAAAGGUUGAGCUGAGUGCUGUAGAACUAGAAUCCCUUCGGUCAGAACUUGCUGAUGUAGAAGAAAGAGAGGCUCAUUUCAAAGCACAGUUGGAACAUCUUGAUGAAAUCUUGCGUCGGGCUCGACUAUCAGGAUACUUAAAUAUGAGAACACGAUGGGCGGCACUACCUGGCGAGCUACCUCCUAUUGAUGACUGUGAUGUCGAUGACUGGGUUCCUCGCUUUACAGUCCUGCAAGGAUCAUGCAUCUUCUUUUACUUGUCUUCUACAGAUUUGAGUCCUCAGGAUUCAGCUCUUCUCUCCGAUAUUGAUGAAGUAGGCUCAUUGCCACGCAUAGUUCGAGAAGGUGAAGAAAUUUGGCACUGCUUUUACAUUGUUACACGUUAUGGACUUAGAAUUGAAUGUUCCAGCGAUUCUGAGAUACAGGUUGAUUCUUGGUUAAGAGCAUUACGAACAGAGUGCAAGCUUGGACCUGAUAAAAGAUCUGCUUCUAGGGCUGCUCGCUCUUUUCUCUCUUCUUCCAAGAACUCCGCCUCUCGUUUCGUCCCUGAAGGACGGACUGUGGCUGCUACCGCUGCUGUAUCCUUGAGAGGAAAAGCAUCUCACUUGGCUUCUCUCGGAGGAGCCAAUGCAUCCGGAACAUGGUUGUCCACCGCAUUGGCCAUCCCUGCAGCAGCUUACUUGCUUCAGGACCAGGAAGCUUAUGCUGCAGAGAUGGAGCGUACUUUCAUUGCUAUCAAACCUGAUGGAGUUCAGAGAGGACUGAUCUCAGAAAUCGUAGCACGUUUUGAGCGAAAGGGUUUCAAGCUUGUUGCUAUCAAAGUAGUGGUUCCCUCAAAGGAAUUUGCCCAGAAGCAUUAUCAUGAUUUGUCAGAGAGGCCUUUCUUCAACGGACUCUGUGAUUUUCUGAGCUCUGGCCCCGUGGUUGCUAUGGUUUGGGAAGGUGAGGGAGUGAUUAAAUACGGAAGGAAACUCAUUGGAGCCACGGACCCACAGAAAUCCGAACCAGGAACCAUCAGAGGUGAUCUUGCAGUCGUCGUUGGAAGAAAUAUUAUCCAUGGAAGUGAUGGCCCAGAAACAGCUAAGGAUGAAAUCAACCUUUGGUUCAAGCCUGAGGAAUUGGUCAGUUACACACACAAUGCUGAGAAAUGGAUCUACGGAGACAACUGAAGCAAUUGCAGGGGUUAUUGAUAUCUCAAUUUAACCCUGUUUUCCUUAUUGCAGCUUUACUUAGGUCCCAUACAAUUGGGAAAGAAUCAAAGUUUUACGAUAAUAAAUUAUAGGCCCUGAUUUCAUCACAUUACUUAUGGGAUUAGAUUUCUGCAAUAAUGUAUUUCAGCUCCUUAAUUUUGUUCAACCAAAUACAACUUUUAAAUUGAAAUGUUGAGGAAAGUGAGCUGACCAUGGUGUUUAUCAGUUUAUGUGGCUAAAAA